AUGAGGAAGUGAGUGGGGUUGGCCUGUCAGGGACAGCUUUCUGCCCUUCCCAGCUCACAGCCCUGUCCUGCUACUGUGCCUGCCAUGGUGUCCCGGGACCAGGUCCACCUAGGCCCCAAGUAUGUGGGCCUCUGGGACUUUGAGGCACGGACAGAUGAGGAGCUGAGCUUCCGGCAGGGGGACAUCUUCCACGUGACCAGGAAGGAGGAGCAGUGGUGGUGGGCCACCCUGCUGGACUCUGCAGGUGCGGCCCUUGCUGAGGGCUAUGUGCCCUGCAACUACCUGGCAGAGAAGGAGGCCGGGGAGUCUGAGCCGUGGUUCUUUGGCCAAAUCUCCCGCUCAGAGGCCGUGCACCAGCUACAGGCGGAGGGCAACCCCACUGGUGCCUUCCUGAUCCGGGUCAGCGGGAAGCUGGGAGCAGACUACGUUCUCUCUGUGCGGGACGCUCAGGUCGUGCGGCACUACAGGAUCUGGCGGCGCUCUGGCCGGCUACACUUGAACGAGGCAGUGUCCUUUCCCAGUCUGCCCGAGCUCCUGGACUACCACAAGGCCCAGAGCCUGUCCCAUGGCCUGCGGCUGACCGUGCCCUGCUGCAAGCACGAGUCGGAGCCCCUGCCCCACUGGGCCAACUGGGAGAGGCCAAGGGAGGAGUUCACACUCUGCCGGAAGCUGGGCGCUGGCUAUUUUGGGGAGGUCUUUGAAGGGCUCUGGAAAGACCAGGUCCGAGUGGCCAUUAAGGUGAUUUCCCGAGACAACCUCCUGCACCAGAACACCUUCCAGCGGGAGAUCCAGGCCAUGAAGCAGCUGCGGCACAGGCACAUCCUGGCGCUGUACGCCGUGGCGUCCCUAGGGGACCCCGUCUACAUCAUCACGGAGCUCAUGCCCAAGGGGAGCCUGCUGCAGCUUCUGCGGGACUCUGAUAAGCAAGCCCUGCCCAUCUCGGAGCUGGUGGACCUUGCAUCGCAGGUGGCGGAGGGCAUGUGCUACUUGGAGUCACAGAACUAUGUUCACCGGGACCUGGCCGCCAGGAACAUCCUCGUGGGGGAGAACAAUAUCUGCAAAGUGGGGGAUUUUGGGCUGGCCAGGCUCAUCAAGGAGGACAUCUACCUCUCCCAUGACCACAGCAUCCCCUACAAGUGGACAGCCCCUGAGGCACUCUCCCUAGGGCAUUACUCCAUCAAAUCUGAUGUCUGGUCCUUCGGGGUCCUCCUCCAUGAGAUCUUCAGCAGGGGUCAGAUACCUUACCCAGGCAUGUCCAACCACGAAGCCUUCCUGAGGGUGGACGCUGGCUACCGCAUGCCUUGCCCCCUGGAGUGCCCACCUCCCGUGUACGGGCUGAUGUGCUCCUGCUGGAGCAGGGACCCAGAGCAGAGGCCUUGCUUCCAAGCCCUGUGGGAGAGACUCUCUGGCUUCACCAGGUACGAGAACCCACUCUGAGAUGCCUUGGGGGCUGCCUGGCCAGGUCCUGGCUGUCCUGGACCUCAACUGAGGAGAAGUGUGGUCCUUUAGUUUACUGACAUGAUGGUGGGCACAGCAAACACAGCACGUGGGGACUUGCGGAAGCAGCAGAGCAGCUACAUGACUCUGACAAGCAGCAGGCUGCAGGCCUGGCCAAAUGCCCUCACUGGCCGUCUCCCCAGCCACCAGCCUCCAACGUGGUCCUUUGGCCACAGAUGAACAUAACCAAGACCUCUCAAGAAAAGCAUCCUUUUGCCUUUGAAAGUUUUCUGUGCCAUCUCCUCUAAAAUCUUAGUCGUCGUCUUAAACACAGACUUCAGGGAAGUAACCAUCGACAUAAGAAAACUGAGAUGAAGUCUAAGAAGUCUUUUCCCCAGAAAAGCAGCACAGAGCUUUAUCCAGUCUGGGCAAUUGGAACCUCUCAUUUUUGACAAAACCACAAUUUGGUUAAAAAUACGGGUGGAGAAAACCCACCAUAUUUGUCUCUGGGUCACUGAUGGUCUGAAGGGAGAGCCUGGUGCGGCCUCCCAGAUGAGUGGCACUGCCCCUCUAAGGGCGUCCCCAGGCUGGUCUAUAAAACCCCUGGGGGGAGUUCUACCCAGAUUGCUUGGAGAAAGUGAGUGUUCAUAUAAGUAUCCCCAAACUCAGAAACACAGUAAAUAAUUCUUUUUUUUGUACCAAGGAUGGAACCCGGGGGUGCUUAACCACUGAACCACAUCCCCCUGCCUUUCUAUUUCUUUCGUUAAGUUGCUUAGGGCCUCACUAAGUCGCUGAGUGAGGCUGAGGCUGGCUUUGAAGUUGUGAUCUUCCUGUCUCCACUCAGUGGUCAAGUGUCCCUCGGUUCAAUCCCCAGUACCCCCCAAAAACAAAGCAACAACAAAAACCCACCGGUCACCCUAUACCCAACACCUGGGUGGCUCCCCUGCAGGACACCAGCACACCAGUGACAGGGAGACGCAUGCGCUGGGGCUCCCACUUGGUGUUGGGGCCUCAAGAGAUAUGGGGCACUUGAGUGCAAGGGGUCUGUCUGCAGGUGCAGCAGCUGUACUGAGGACGUGACGUGCUGGGAACUGGCGUCCCUCCAGUGGAGGCUGGCGGGUGUGGUUCAUUUACUUCCUGGUUUCCCUGAGAAUUUAGGGUUUCUGAGUUUGAAAUCAUGGUUUAUAGUAGUUGAAACCAUUAGAAAUAACAAGGAAACAAUCCUGUAUACGACAUACACAAGAGAAGUAUGAUGCUCUUUGAUUGGCUGAGAGGUAGCGAUCAGCCUGUCCUAAAGCAGAGGGACUGGUUGUCACAGGGGUAUUUAAAACAUAAAGCAUGCAUGCAAACAGACCCUCCCCUCCUGUAACCAAAGCUCACUAAGUCAGCCUCAGGGGUGACAGCACGGAGGUGCACUGGAGCUGGCUCUGUGAAAGGCCCUUUGUUAUGCCUUGGUGACUGGCCAGGAGACAGGACUUUGCUUAAACACAGCUUCUUGGGCUUCACUGUUUUUUACUAGGUCUUCCAUUACUGAAAAGCAUCUUCUCAUGAUCAAAAGGGCCAAGUAUGUAAACUUCUAAGUUUGUCUUUAAAAAAUCUUUUGUCAAUUUGAUUAAAUCAAUUACCAAACCUUUUGGCAUGAUUGACAACAUCUAAAACCAAAGUCUAAAUCAAGUCCCUUUGAUCUUGAACUUUGACCUUGAGUUUCCAGAAUGCCCCCUGGACACAGCCAGAAGUGGAGGUGGUGUACACCAGCAACCCAGGAGGCUGAGACAGGAGGACUGCAAGUUCAGGGGUAGCCUCAGCAACACAGUGAGGCCCUGACUCUGAAUAAAAUAUAAAAAAAGGGCUGGAGAUGUUGCUCAGUGGUUAAGCCCCCCCACCCCCCGAUUCAAUUCCUGGUACCAAAAAAUAAAUAAAUAAAAAUAAAAAGGGCUGGGGAUGUGGCUCAGUGGUGGAAUGCUCUGGUUCAAUCCCCAGUGUACAGAGGGGUGAGAAAGUCAUCUCAGCUUACACAGGAGAAAUUAAGUUCAUCAGGCUCAUUUGUGCUCCCCAACACAGCCAACCCUUCCCUGGGCUGUAUUUACAGUAGUCUGUGCUGCAGUUGGUGCUGAUGAGUGCUGCAGAAACCUGCUGUCAUGUCAGCAUGUUGUUGCCAUAGAAAUAACCACAUUUCCUUGUCAACUGCAUAACUGAUGUAAUCAACUCAUCAGAUCCUUAAUCAUGGCUUUCUUAAGUUCCUUCACAUUCACCGACAUCAUAAGGAAAGCAUUUGCAAUCAGCUACGGUCCAAAUACUUCUCCUUCAAGGUCCCACGGAGAUUGACAGGUGCUCUGGUACAGGCUUCUGGCAAUGUCAGGGGGACAAAGGACCCUGGAGAGAACUGAGGGCUCAAGGCUGCCCCAAGAUGAACCCACAAGGAUCACCAACCCAGAACAGAAUCAACUGGUGACCAUUUUUUUUUUUUUUUUUUUUUACGAUUUUAGCAUUGCUGGUCCCUUACUAUAGUUUUCCUGAUUUGAGGACCCCGCCUGCAGCAACUUGGGAAACACUUGUGAACAAAGGCAAAAUAUUUGUGCUUUUUUUCCCUGACCCUUCCAGAAGUCACAAACUAUUAGCAAGCAUCCCUGCUUUCAGGGCAACAUAGCCAUCUGUGUGCCAAGGCCCUGCUUUCCCUGGGACAGACACAAAUGUGGAUGCUGGCUGUUGCCAAACUUGGGCUGUGGUGUCCUUUUUCCAGCUGCAACUAGAUACAUGGACCUCAUGGUCCUUGGGAAGAACUGGCAUGGGACCUUGGAGACAUGAUGGCCUCAGAGUGAAAAAGGAUGUUGCUUCCUGCAGGCCUAGAAACUCAGAGAUGCAUUAGGGAGACUGGUAAGAGGACCCCCCACCACCACCACCACACCCAGGCCACAGGGGCAGGCCCAGGGCUUGGCUUCCUAAAGCAGUAGCAUCAUGUCCCUGUGUUCUCUUGAUACCAUUAUCCUGACUGCAUCCUGAAUACUUGUCUCCAGUAUAUGGCUACCACUCUCCACACCAGCAUUUCCAAAUUCCAAGAUUAUAGCUUAGAAUCACUAAACAUUAAAUCUGCCCCUUUCCUGAAGCUCUAGAAACUGUAGCUGGAUGACUUGGUAGGGACUUAAAUCAUGACUCAUGUGUGGAACACCUUGGUGACACCCCAGUAGCAGACCAGAAAGCCUCCCAGGUGCCACCUGAAGAUGCUGCAGGCCCAAGGAGUAGAAUCUCUGGGCUCGACAGGCCUGUGAGCUACUCUUACCACAGCCUCUUCCUUGAUCCCCGACCCCAUGGGGCAUGCACAGAGCCCAGCUGUGGGGAAGCCAGCACCUCCGAGAGGGGACAGACUGUGCGCUCCCACUGGAUAAUGCUCCCUGCUCUAACCUGUUAGAUCUUUGGCUCUUCCCAAGAAGUUCCCACAUGGGACUUAUGCUGCUUGGAGAAAACUGAGAGGACAGUGGCAGCAGGAGGCCGCAGAUCCAGGGGCAUCACUCUCUGGUUUUCUCUCCCAAGGUUCUCACAGGGUGGGCGUCUUGUCCUAUACUGAGUUGGAACUCAGAGCUUCGGUCCUGAGCACCUGGGAUUUCAGAUCACCGACACUUGGCCAGCGGUCUUGCAGAUAUCUCAAUCCAAAAAAAUGAGUUUGAAAUCAAAAGCAUUUCAGGUUAAGCUUUUCUGGAUGAUAACACUCAAGAUUACUGUUUCGGGUCUUCAUUCUUAAGGAUUCCGUAUCACAUAAAACUUGAACUGUACAACUCUGUAUGCUUUUCUCUCGUUAAC